AUGUCGUCCCCAACCGCAACAGACGAAAUUGACGAAGCAAAAGAGCGUGCCCAUUUCAAAGCCGUUGUUACAGCUUUUAAAUAUUACAAGUUAUGUGGCUUAGAAAGGAUACAUAAAUCUGAGAAAAUUAUAUCAAUGCUACCUCAGAGUCAUCAGAGAAGAUUAGAAAAGUACAAAACUUAUCUAACAAAAUUUAAAAAGUGUUUGGAUGUUAACAACAGUGUGGUUCAUCUAAUUAUUAAAGAUGUGGACACAAUGUUUGAAAAUGUUGACCAUAGUAAUAAUGACAUGUCCGGUACCAAUGGCACAGAAAGUUUUGGUUGCAAUUAUAACAAUUGUGAAAUCACUUCACUUAAACAGCACAAAAUGCAGCAUGAUGUUGAAAAGGUACAGUCAGUGUUAAAAAAUAUUGUACGUGAUUGGAGUGAAGUUGGUGCUCCCGAGAGAGAUCAAUGCUACAGGCCUAUAUUGGAAGAGUUGGAGGCUCGCUUUCCUCUUGAAGAAUUUAGUGACCGGUCACGAAUUAAGGUGUUAGUUCCAGGAGCAGGACUGGGUCGAUUAGCGUGGGAGGUUGCAAACAGGGGCUAUAUGUGCCAAGGAAAUGAGUUUUCAUUAUUCAUGUUGUUUGCAAGCAACUUUGUACUCAACCGGUGUCCGGAAGUUAAUAUGCACACAGUGCAUCCAUGGUUACACCAGUAUGUGAAUAAUGUAACUUGCGAACACCAGCUGCGGCCUGCCAGGUUUCCAGAUGUUAAGCCUUCGGCAGAUAAACCAAAUUACAAUUUUUCAAUGACUGCAGGCGAUUUUCUUAAGGUGUACACAGAAGUGGAUGAGUGGCAUUGUGUGGCAACUUGCUUCUUCAUUGACUGCGCACCAAAUGUGAUAGAAUUUAUUGAACGGAUAUACGCCAUUUUAAUGCCGGGGGGCUAUUGGGUCAAUUUAGGUCCAUUGCUUUAUCACUAUAGCGAUAUGCCUACCGAGAACAGUAUAGAGCCGCCUUAUGACAUACUGCUGGACAUUAUAAGGGAUAUUGGUUUCGAUAUACUGGAAGAACGCACGGGUGUGAAGACGAAAUACGCACAAAAUCCUAACUCGAUGAUGCAGCACGAAUACGAUUCUGUCUUCUUUGUCUGCAGGAAACCUUUUAUUCUU